GAACGGUUUGUUGUGGUCAUUUUUUCAUACUAUGUAGCGUCAGUCCUGACCGUUUUACCGUCAUAUUUUAAUAGUACGCGACCAUCGGAUUGUUUGGCUUCUAAAUCUCCAUAAAAAGGGCCAAACCAAAGCUCGUCUGGUUCCUCGGUUAGCCUGAUGGUUGGUGAGGCAGGUGACGUUUGCUCCAGCCGCCUGAACCGCUCUCUCACGCAGGUUACUAGGCUCUGACCGAGGGAGGCAGCUGGUUGCUGCCGCCGCUGGAGCCAGGGCUCACCAUGCUGCGGUGGAUUCUCGGAGGAAAGGAAGCGCAGAGCUCAGUGGAGAAAAGCCCCGUGUUGUGCAUCGGAGAGGAACAGCCCAAAAACUGCUUCACCGAGCUGCAGGUGCUGAAAGGACAUUUCGACAUCGUUCGAUUCCUGGUGCAGAUUGAUGACUUCAGGUUCGCUUCCGCCGGGGACGACGGCCUUGUUCUGGUGUGGAGCAUCGAGACUGGAGAGAGGCUGCAGGAGCUGAGAGGCCACUCCCAGCAGAUCACCGCCAUCACCACCUUCUCCUGCAGCGAUGGCGUCACAUCGCUGCUCACCGCCUCCUCAGACCGCAGCCUCAGUCUGUGGGAUCCCGGCACGGGAAACAGGGUCCGGACCAUCUCCGACCUUCAGUCUUCUGUAAAGGUGGCUGAAAAGAUUCAACACACAACCGUUUCGUCUUGGUGGAUGUACCUGGUUGAUGCGGCUAGAAAGUCAAACAUCACAGCACAAAGCAUCAGUUACGACGCAUGGCAUCCAAAUAAGAGGACGAAGAAACAACUAAGUCAAUGAAAAAUAACAGGUUAAACACACUAGGGGGCAGUAUUGCAAAUAAGUCUUCCUUUAGUUCCAACCAUCCUAACACCUCUAUUAGGUAAGGACUCUUUAGCCAAAGUGAAGUGCAUCAGCGGUCGCCAUGAUAAGUGCUGUCCGUAAAGAAGGAGGUAGGAAAAGGAGCCUGUAUGCUUCCUCUCACGGCUAGCUAUGCCUAGGAACCCCGCAACGUCCUUUACCAGCACUAAGGAGCUGUAAGGAAUCCCACAAUCCUUUGCGUGACAUGAUGUAUCAGCACAGCCCACUUAAAUAAACGAAAAUGUGCAAAGAGAAGAGAGCGUGCACUUUGUAAUUUAUUUUCUGAAGGCUGUAGGUCCAGAUUUGACUCUCAUCCUCCACGCGCGUUUCCAUCACCUAACGACGUCGGAGUUAAAGGCUGUCUGAAAUUGCUACAGCAGUCCGAAACUCCUUCUCUCCCCACGAUAGAGUUCUUACUGUUGACCCCAUGAAAGGUUACGGAGCAGGAGCUAGGAGCUAUAUUUAAGGAAUGGGGAUGGAGCCUCUGUCCUUGAUAAGUUGGGACUCUUAAUUCUUUUUAACGCCAUCCACACUGAAAUCCUUAUGAAUGGAAGUGGAAUAGUUCAGAAUAUUCAGCAUAACACCAAUGACAUAUCGGUCAUCCCCCCCCUGUUUUGCUUCUUUGUAGCGUAAUCAUUGACAUGUUUGUGAAAGCUUUAUUAGACCUCGGGUCCGUGGACAUUGUCCCGCACUGAAGGAACGGCUCCUGAACCGUGGACCGCCCCGAGCACAUCCUGUUUUGUCCGACCAUUUCCUCUUUUGCAAAGGUCUGCUGCUUAUCGUGGUUUUUCACCCCGAAAACUAAGCUACAAUCAUGUAGAACGUCAUCGUAGGUUUUAAGAUGUACAUCUGUCAUCCGCUUAAUUGGGCCAAAGUAGUUCGAUAAACAUAAAGGAGCGGACGAAGUGUUGUUCCCAAAGUCUUCCUACCUGUGUUCGUGCAGCC